UAAUGUUCGUCGUAAAUAAUAUAGUGUUUAUGAUUCAUCAAUGUCAACUUAUCAUAUAAAAAGUGUAGUUGUGCGAAAAAGCGUUUAAAACUAUUUUAUCUCAACCCUGUGGACGUAUGGGCGUCAAUAUAACAAAAAAAAUAGCACUUCAACAGUAAUACAAUUUAACUGUGAAAAAAAUUUUUCCGAUUAUAUUAUAAGUUUAUUUAUAAGGAGUCAUUAACAAUACUGAAAAAGAAGUGGAAGAAGAAGGAUAUUUCAAGAAUUUCUGUCAAGUAUUAAAAUGCGUGUCGAAUUACCUGAGUUUAAGCGAUGCAUCUGUUGUGUGCCUCUACGAUAUGGCUUGGUGUUUUGGGGAUAUUUCCGAUUUACUAAUACUAAUUAUCCUUUUCAGAUUCAAAUAAUCGCGUCCUUUUAUUCGAACGUAGAAACGAUACAACUAGCUACGGAAAAAGAAUAUACAAGCUUCCGGUUUAUCGUAACAUGCAUCACUAUCGCUUUGGAUUCAAUUGAUUUUGUAAUCAACAUAAUUUUUAUUAUUGGAGCUCAUAAGAAAAACGUGUUGCUGUUGAAAAUCUACUUUUAUUUUAGUUUCGGGGAGUUCAUCAUUUUUUGCCUGUUGGUCAUCGCGAUAGCAAUAUUCUUCAUAUAUAUUUACCAUAUUUUGAACAAGUACGGUUUGGGUCAUUUUAGUCCUUAUUCAACUUCUUGGAAACUUCUUACCAACCUUAUAAUGCUUACUGGAAUCAUACUUAUACAAGGAUAUAUCCUGCUAUUAGUAAGAAGCGAAAUAAAGAAACUCAGCAGCAACUGUCAAUUCAGAUUCGUGAACAACGCAGCUGAGAGUGACUGUAUGAUGCAGCUCGAGGAAGGAGUGGAGAACGGCGGAGAAGGAACUAAGAAGGGAGGAGAAGGAAUAGAGAGCGAAGAAGAAGUUAAAAAUGACUUGAUUGAACGAAACUGAUUAACUUUAGACUAUAGAUAGACUAUUGUUUAGCAGAGUUGUAUAAAUAAAUGUUAAGCUUCAGGUACCGAAAGUCAGGGUGACUGGAGAAAAAAUUGGUAUGAAUAUAAACACAUUAUUUCUGAACAUUGGACGGGUUACGGAGCAAAAUUAAAUUAUUAUAAUUAUGGGAAUCUCAAGUUUGGAAAAAUAAAUUUUAUUUCAGCAGUUUUUUUAAUGUAAGACAUUAGUUUUUCAAUGUGCUCCCCGUUUGUACCCAGGUAUCGUGACUUCAAUAAU